GGGGAGAGAACAACUCAUUUUUCCAUAGCUUCCUAUCGUCGAUUGACAAAUCUCUACCUUGCGUUACUGUACUUUACCUUCUUUUACUAUAUGCCGGUUUUUCAAUCAAGCAUAGGAGACGAUAACAAGGCGCUAGAUUGAUGGCGUGGUAGUUCAUAGCAGAUAGUUGUAGUUGUCAAACAGAAUCGAGGAAGUACAUAUUGUGAAUUUUAAAUAAACAAUUUAUAAAGAAACAUGUCGUUAGCCGAUGAGUUAUUAGCAGAUCUUGAAGAGAAUGACGAUAACGAUGACAUCGCGGAAGAACCGGAGCCGGAUUUUAUUCCGGCUUCUGUUUCGAAAACCAUCGAAGAAGAAAUAAAAGUAGCUUCUGUAAGAGAAUUGGCAAAACUUCGUGAUUCAGAACAGUUACAAAAAGUAAUGUUACAAAUAGAAAAAUACAGUAAAAUUCCUAGAAAGUCAGCAGAUAUUAUUGGGCCUGUUGAGUCUGAUCCAGAAUAUCAACUUAUCGUCGAAGCUAAUAACAUGGCUGUAGAUAUUGAUGAUGAAAUAGCUACCAUACAUCGGUUUGCCAGAGAUAAAUAUUCCAAAAGAUUUCCAGAAUUGGAAUCUUUAGUUGUUGGUCCAUUAGAAUAUGUGAUGACAGUUAGAGAAUUAGGAAAUGAUUUAGAUAGAGCAAAAAACAAUGAAACAUUGCAACAAUUUCUUACUCAAGCAACAAUUAUGGUGGUAUCAGUUACUGCUUCAACUACUCAAGGACAAUUAUUAACAGAAGAAGAAAAGGAAGCUAUUUGCGAGGCAUGCGAUAUGGCAGUAGAAUUGAAUAACUGCAAGUUAAAAAUAUUUGAAUAUGUUGAAAGUAGGAUGGCAUUUAUCGCGCCAAAUCUUUCUGUAAUAGUGGGUGCAUCUACAGCAGCAAAAAUUAUGGGUGUUGCUGGCGGACUGACAAAACUUUCCAAAAUGCCAGCAUGCAAUGUUUUAGUUUUGGGAUCUCAAAAAACCACAUUAUCUGGAUUUUCUCAAGUUACAACAUUACCUCACACUGGAUUUAUAUAUUAUUCUGAUAUUGUACAAGAAACACCACCAGAUUUACGAAGAAAAGCAGCAAGGCUUGUGGCAGCAAAGAGUAUGUUAGCUGCCCGAGUUGAUGCGUGUCAUGAAAGUACAGAUGGUCAUAUUGGUCAAAUGUUUCGUGAAGAAAUUGAGAAAAAGCUCGAUAAGCUUCAAGAACCACCUCCUGUUAAAUUUGUGAAACCUUUACCAAAACCCAUUGAUCCAGGACGAAAGAAACGUGGUGGUAAACGCGUCAGAAAAAUGAAGGAACGUUAUGCUAUCACUGAAUUUAGGAAACACGCAAAUAGAAUGAAUUUUGCAGAUAUCGAGAAUGAUGCUUAUCAAGAAGAUCUUGGUUAUUCGCGUGGAACAAUUGGCAAAGCAGGGACCGGUCGUAUUCGACUACCACAAAUCGAUGAAAAAACAAAAGUACGGAUAUCAAAAACGCUCCAGAAAAAUUUACAAAAACAGCAACAAUGGGGUGGUAGUACAACAGUUAAAAAACAAGUUUCCGGUACAGCAUCUAGUGUUGCAUUUACUCCAUUGCAGGGUUUGGAAAUUGUAAAUCCACAAGCCGCGGAAAAGAAAGUAAACGAAGCCAAUGCUAAAUAUUUUUCGAAUAUAGCUGGAUUUUUAAAAGUGAAAAAGACAUAAGGAGACUGUACAUAAUAUAGAGUGUAAUAUAUCAUUAGUUCAAUAAAUUUUAACAUGUUGAAUGCCA